AGACGACACUUUGCUGUCAAAUCAACAUAAACGUUCAGUCCGCCAUGAAAAGAAAAAGAUAACACAAACAAAAAUAAAAGUACGCUCCUGACGUCGAAAUAUGUCUCAUCUAAGUCUAGAAGAACUGGAACUCAUAGAUGAACCGAAAUAUCGGAAUUACAUUAAUUCAGUGGAUAAAGCUCUGAAAAACUUCGAGUAUACGAGCGAAUGGGCCGACCUUAUUGCUGCGCUUGGAAAAUUGAAUAAGGUAUUACAAAGUCAUUCCAAGUUUAACAUAAUUCCAAGGAGGGUCAUUAUAGCAAAACGUCUUGCUCAGUGUCUCCACCCAGCACUUCCUAGUGGUGUUCACCUGAAGGCUUUAGAAACAUAUGACCUAAUUUUCAAGUUAGUUGGGGCUGCAAGACUUUCUAAUGAACUGUUUAUAUACAGUGCUGGCUUGUAUCCAUUGCUUGCACAUGCUGCAAUAAAUGUGAGGCCAGUACUAUUAUCUCUUUAUGAGAUACACUUGAUACCAAUUGCAGAAUAUUUGAAACCAGGAUUAAGUGGAUUUUUGAAUGGGGUUCUUCCUGGUUUGGAAGAGGGUGCUGACCAUUAUGACCGCACAAGCACACUUUUUGACAAAAUCUGCAACGGAGUUUCCGCCAAUUUUUUCUAUGGUUGCCUAUGGAAAUGUAUUGCUGAGAAUCCACAAAUACGGCUUCCUGCAUAUACCUACAUCUUAUCACAUUUUGAUCGAAAGCUGUCAAUAGAAGACCAACUCGAAAUUUUAGGCCAAAAUGUAGAUCUAAUGAUUCAUUCCAUGUGCGCUUCAUUAGAAGACAGCAGUGUUCUAGUGCAACGAAGCGCCCUCGAGUUUUUAUUGGCAGCAUUUCCACUUCAUGGAUCACACUUGCUCAAGCCUGAUGUGGUUCACUUGCUUGCAGCUGCCGUCACGGCAUUGCUGCGAAGAGAUAUGUCGCUUAAUAGACGACUCUUCUCAUGGUUGUUAGGUAGUGAGCCACAACUUUUGAGUGCUGAUGAUUCUUUAGUCAACGACACAUCGCGGGACUCGCCUAAUAUGAAAUCCUACUUCCAUCGAUAUUCCAAGGAUCUUUUAGUUGAAUCUCUCCAAUUGGUUUUAAAAAAUAGCGUGGUAGCUAAACCACCAGAUAUGAAACCGUAUCGAGUCUUGAUAUCGUUGCUAGACAAACCUGAAAUUGGUCCCAUCAUUUUAGAUGAUAUUCUUAUCGAUGUCUUUCGGUCAUUAUAUUUUUCCAACCAUGACCAAAGUAAAAAACAGAAGAAAGCGGCACAACACGAUGAGCUCGUGAAAACAGCCAACCUUUUCUUUGGGACACUAGAAGAAGCCUACAUCUGGUCUUACACAGGCCGCCUUCUACAGAAAAGCAGUUGCAUUGAAACGACGAGCAGAGAGGUACAGCAAGUGGGUCAAGGUUCACCUCAUUUCUUCGAGAUGUGCAAGCUUUCGGCUUUCCUCCUGGAACUUCUGUCCGUAGAUUCCAGCAGUGACACGCAAGUCGAACACCUACCUUCACUGCUCGUACAGACAGCUGACCUGUUGCAUGCUUCUUUCGGUACGAUGAGUGCUACGUCCGUGUUAGCCGGAAUCGAACUCUGUCUCACGCUAUUGAAGAAAAUUCUUCCUGCCCACGAAGGAACGGAGGAAUUAGUUGGCUCUUGGAGCAGUCCUUCGGAAGGCGAAGAAGCAAUCGAAUCCAGUUCAGGAGAGUUUCACAGCCCUCCAAGUAGUCCAGCGUUAAUCUCGUCUUCCCAACACCAGAAGCAAUUGCUUGAACAUUCAGUGGUGGCAAUCCAACAACUACUUGCCAAGCUUCUCAACCCUGGCAUAUUUGUUUCCGAUAGAACAACGUUAUUAGGGCAAGCAUCAAAGAUACUGUCAGUUCAAACUGUCAAUUGUUCUCCAUCGCUUGAAGAGAUGUUGGAAGAGUGCGUUAAUCCCAGCACCAGCAGUUAUUUGACCCUGGAAAAACCACUGUCUGUACCUCAGGAAAUGUACGAAUUAGAUCUGUCGAAAGAGCUGAAAUUAGCUGAUGUCGACCAACUAACUCGGCUGCUCCCAGUGCUGAAGCAAUGUUGUACCCUUCUUAAAGAACUUUCCACUUUCCCGACAUAUUGCGCUGCAGCAAUGGCUUCCCAUCAAGUGAUAUCAAACAAUCAAGAUUGGAGCACACUGCCAGAUUGGUUGCAGCUUUUGUGCUUGGCCAGCUGCUGUUUGUCAAAUUCCUCAUCUCAAUCGAAUACAAUUUACUUGAUCGGCACGGCUACAUUGCUUGACUUGACAGCGAUAACCUCGUCCAUCAUACCUACUGCCUAUUGGAAACCAGAACAGACUACCAAUCUACAAAAAGGAGACAUACCUUCUGAUAUGUUUACAGUCGUAUUACUUCCAGUUAUUACGCCUACACAACUGCUAACUCUGUUGAACAAAAGCUGCGUCUUUCAGCGAAUGGCUCGACAGCUCUGGGAAGGUGUAAGGUCAACGGCCGAAUGCCAGCAAUGUGCAGAAUUGAUUCACCAACUCCACACGCUUGCUCCGCCUACUCUUAGCCAUGUAGCCGAAGAUGUCAUCUUAUCUAGUCUUAGCCAACAAAUGCGACGAAACGAAGGCUGUUCAUCCGCUGUGGAAAAAUUCACCGUCCUCUGGCACUUGGGAAGGGAUUUGGAACCAUCGAGGUGGGGCUCUCGGCGAUUGAAGACAUUCGACCGUUGCUUGCAAUUGCUCCUGGAUUGGUUGUCGUUAGAUCCCCCUAGUCCACAAAGGACCGCGGCCGAAGGAUGGUUCGUUCAGGCUUUAUUGCGGAACGACCUUAGCAGGAUAUUGGACCCACUUCUUUUGAAGCUGCUCAAACCUCAUUCCGCCCGCGUGAGCAUUCGCCAUGUCACCUUCCAGCCCACUAACCAGGAAAACGAAAAGCAGCCUGUAGAUCGAGAGGAUAACAUUUACGCCAUUAGUUCCGUGAACGGACAUGUCAUUUACCAUGUUACGCCUAGCCGAACGAAAUCUCGUCCAUUUAGUCCAAGCCGUUCUGUUUUAACGCUUGGCCUCGGCGCCGAUGGCCGAGCUCCCGAGUCCUUUGUUGAUCGCCAAGUCGUCUUCCCCUGGCAACUUCCACAACACCAAAUUAUGGAACAGACAGUCGGACUCUUUGUAAAUCCAUUUUCCGAAGAUUUGUUUCAUGUUCCAGGCACGUACACUACUUCGGCAACGUCUACAGACUCUGGACAAGAAUCUCCUAAAGAACCUGAAUCCUCAGUAAUAGCCAAGUCUUUGCUCGACGAACUCAUUGAAACAGUUGUCAAUAAAGCUGUGGCCGCUGCGGCUGCUGCCCGUUUCAAGCUAAAGGAAUCCAAUUCGGCCGCUGUAGAGAAACUCACCGAUAUACAUCCCCUUCAUAAUCACAUACUUUUGUAUUGUCAAGUUAGCGAUGCGGAGCAAACGCUUCACGUUCUUCGAACGUUGCGCAGUCAACUGCAGCUGCAGCCCAGACUGUUGUUGUUGAGUCUCUCUUCAACUGGGAUUGCUUCGUCCCGCUCGCCUCAUUCUGUUUUACUUCAAGAGCUUCUAGCUCGCCAUCGCAAGUGUCUCUUUGGCAAUGGCUUUUACGGCGAAGUGUCCGGUGAUAUGAUGGCUCCGAACCGCAGCAGCAUGUACCUAGAGAUCUUGUUACAGUUGCUGCUCUACCACCUGAGAACUUACUACUCAUCGCUUGGAAUGAGCAGUUUGACGAGACAAGAAAUCAUAUCGAAUCGACAAGUCCAAUUAGCGUGUGUUCAACUCCUCAACAUGUUCCUUUCUGAGUUGCUACCGUUGGUCAGAGAUUUGGGCAAAGGGUUCUCGUCAUUCAUUUCCGAUAUGCUGACCCGUUGUCGGGUGCAAAAGGUUGCUUUACAUUCAAUUCUAGCUAUGCUGCAUGUCGUUACAUUAGACCAUAACAAGCCCGUCAAAAAGCGGAACGGUAAUCAAGGUCUGCUACCAACGUUGACUGAAGAAAUCAUCCAUUUUAAUGAAGAAGACGAGAAAUCAGGCAGUAGCUAUUCGGAGGCUACCUUGAUAUCCCUCGUAAAGCUUUUGUUAUCAAUAAUGGCGAUUGAAGAUCAACUGUCCAAACAGAAUUCGCCUGGCGAUCUACCUAACGUUAAUGUUGCGGCAUCUUCACCUGCCUCAGUCCCUGGUACUUAUCAGCGAGGUGUUCCAGUUCACUCACAACCCCUGUUUACCACUGCAAUUCUUACGGCCCUCAAACAGAAAUCGUCACGCUGGCUCCACACUGAAUUUUCUCGGCUUUUAGUUUCUAGUUUACCGCUGAUGGGUCGCUCUUUGCCGACUCUAUUAAAUGCAUUCGUUCCACAAGUUUGCCUCAAUUUAGAAUCAAUAGCGGCUUCCUCCACGCAGCAUCCAACCUGCCCACCCGAUUACCUUAUCACAGAGUUGGAAGCUCUUACUGCUCUCUGUCACUUCGUCCUAGUAGAUUCGCCUCACAAUGCAGGAGGUCCCACUCUUGCUGGAUCAGCUGGAAUGCUAGGUGGCAUGAGCUGGGGAGUGUCGAAUGCCUACGCAAGUGGCACGCCUCCAAAUCCGAAUGGACAAAUCUUAAACAAUUUGAUGCACGCGUUUACACCCAACGGCAUCAAUGGCACUUUCGGCAAUGAGAGCGCAUCCGCAGGUGGAGAUCCGUACCUAGUCGCAAGAAGACAGAUGCUUUCCAAUUUGCCACGAAUUCUUGUUUGCAUCGGUUAUUUGUGGCAAGCCUCCUCGAUGGAUACGUCAGUUGGUAAAGUACAACGCCAAAAGCUGCUUGAAUUCGUCAGUCCAAUCGGCCAUCAUCACGGAGUAAGCUUACUAGCUGCUGUCAGCGUGGCCUGGGUGGAGAAACGGAAAGACUCGAUGACCAGCAAUGGCAAAUCAAGGAAAAUCAUUUCCGAAUGUGGAAGCGAACAGCUAGCUCUUGUAGACCUCAUUUCAUCCGUGCGAGUUCUUCCUCCAGACACUCUCGUGCAGCUACUGCGUCAAGUACUUAAACAGCCGCUUCAGAUGCAACUACAUAAUCGCAGUUCACGACUGGAAGUUGGAUUGCUUCACUUUUUUCAUGCUUACCUGCAAAAGAUCAAUCGAGUUCAGUUAGGCGAAUGUUGGGGAUCGCUCCUUCAGCUGCUCCGAGAUGUCACGACCAUGGCACCACCGAUCCUCUUUGCUGGACUAGUCGUUUUUGGAGAAGCUGUUCAACGUUAUCAGACACCUGGCGAGAAACGUGAUCAACGUGAAUUGCAAGAAGUCACUGGUAAGCUGUUGGAAGCAUGCGGUGCCGUUGCGGCAGCGUCUCUCGAACAGACAACGUGGCUACGACGAAACCUCUCGGUUAGACGAGAUACCUUGUCCUCUACUCCGGCCGCCGAAGGUGAUGAUGCUACUAUUCUGGAUGAAAUGAGUAGUUCAUCCAGCGACACGUCUUCUGUCCACAUGUCGGCGACGGAUGAUGCCGCUGUCGUUGUGAAUCCAAGUAAUGGCAACAAAACGUCACGCUACAGUAUCCAGGCAUUGGCCGUGUUGGCCGAGCUGUUGGCUCCCUUACAAGAUCUGAUUUUUCCUAGUCAAGACAAGGAACGCGUGAUUCCUCUUUUAACAUCGCUAUUAGCCAAUGUUGUUCCCUAUCUUCGACACCAUAGCCAAUCGAAUAUCUCCGGCAUGAGAGCUGCGUCCCUUUUGCUGAGUUCGCUCAGUGAUUAUCCUGCUACAAGACGUGCAUGGAGGAAGGACGCGUUUGAUCUGUUGCUGGAUCCUACUUUCUUCAUGAUGGACGUUGAGACUCUGCGUCAUUGGAAAAACAUAAUUGACAAUCUCAUGUGUCACGAUAAAGACGCCUUCCGCGAAUUUCUCAAUCGUGUUUCAGUUAGCCCUUCGGGACUUUUCAGUUCGCGGGAGCUGGAAAUGGAGACGAGAACGUUGCUUCUCAAAAGAUUAGCUUUUACCUUGUUUUGCACUGAUGGAGAUCAGUAUCAGCGUUUCCUACCUGAUAUUCAAGAAAAAUUAUCCGAAAGUCUUCGACUGGCUCAGUCAUGGCCGACUGUCCAAGCCCAAGUUUUCUUGUGUUUCCGUGUUCUACUUUUGAGGACAUCCCAGCAACACGUGACAUCGCUGUGGCCGUCAGUGAUUGCCGAAACGGUUCAAGUGCUAUCGCAACUGGAACACGAACUUCGUCGAGAUACGGAAGAAUUCAGUUCACAGAUUCGUAGGCUGAGUGCCUUGGAUUCAACAUGGGUGACAAGUACCACCAAUGGUCUGCAGGGGAACGCUCACCCGGCGUGGUUGCAUCUCUACUUAGCCACCUGUAAACUACUUCAUCUGGCCCUAAUCCUCCCAGCAAAUAGACUCCCUCAAUUUCAAAUGUAUCGUUGGGCAUUUGUCGGCGAUGACAAUGUCAACGACGGAGACAUUAGCGGCAGUAGCCGAAGUAUGCAGCAGCACGUAACUCCCAAUUUCGUUCCAUAUCUCACCCGGAUCUAUCGUUUACUUCGAAGUAAGGUGGAUGUGGCAAAAACGUCUCUACCACCUACCAUCUCCUUGGACGAUAUCGCGUUGCCAUCUGCGUGCACGAUUAAAAGCUUGAUGGAUCUCCUACCUUUCUUUCACGCCAUUGAGCAGCGUUGCCCACGCGCCCGACCAAAUGAAGAACAUAUAGUCUCAUUCAUGGAAACUCUGUUAGAGCGUGAUUUCUUGGAACCUAUUCCACUUUGAACGUGAUGAAAUGUCAUGGUAAACUAGUCUCGCGCUCCCUUCCUUUUUCCUCCAUCGGUUGUAGAAAUUUUUCCUAUUUCUAAGUAAUAUCGCACUAUCGCUUGUUAUUUAUAACUUUCGAGUUUUUGAUGGAGCACUCUGCCCUCAAACUUUACCCGUCCAAAGUCGUUCGAGGUGUGCCUUUUUCACACAUUUUUAAAGUUGCCCAUACCUGUUUUUUCUGUUAGUUUUUUUUUAUUCUAUUGGAUGAAUAUUCCCCAUUUCUCUACAUAGUUUCUUGUCGACAGCACAUAACACGGUGGAUGGGCUAGAUUUGGUUAAAUGAUAUAAUCUUUUUCAAGAAGUGGUUAUAAAAUAAAUUUACGUUGUUAGUCU